GAUUCCGAAUGGGUCACGUGACUGGCCGAUCAUGUGACCCUGUUGCCGACUACAUAAGAACAGAGUCGGGUGUCGCAGGGUGAGGCGGAAAUGGACCUGAGGGCGACGACGCUGCUGCUGCUUCUGGCGGCGAGUGUGGAAGUUUCCCUCUGCCGGAGGCGGUCCAUGUUCUUCGGACCGAGGGAUCGCCGGGUGAGCGGCCUCCAGGGAGAAGACCCCGGCACCCCGCUCUUCCUCACCCCCUAUCUGGAGAAGGGCGCCAUUGAUGAAGCCAGGAAGUUGAGUCUGGUGGGAGAACUGCCCGGUGCAAACGUGAAAAGCUACUCUGGGUACCUGACCGUCAACAAAAAGUACAACAGCAACCUCUUCUUCUGGUUCUUUCCAGCUCUCAAGCCGAUCGAGGACAAGGCGCCGGUGCUGCUCUGGCUGCAAGGUGGACCCGGCGGCACCUCCAUGUUCGGGCUGUUCGUGGAGCAUGGCCCCUACGUGGUCUUCAAGAACAUGACAGUGGGACUGAGGGAGUACGCCUGGACCGACAGAUACUCCGUCCUCUACAUUGAUAACCCCGUGGGCACCGGAUUCAGCUUCACGGACGACGACAGAGGAUUCGCUCGUGACCAGGACGACGUGGGCCGGGACCUGUACAGUGCGCUGACGCAGUUCUUCCAGCUGUUCCCGGAAUAUCAGGCCAAUGAGUUCUACGCCACCGGAGAGUCUUACGCAGGGAAGUAUGUUCCCGCCAUCUCCUACUACAUCCACAAGAACAACCCGACCGCCAAGCUGAAGAUAAACCUGAAGGGCAUGGCCAUCGGAGACGGGCUCUGCGACCCAGAACUGAUGCUGGGAGGGUACGGCGAGUUCAUGUAUCAGGCCGGGAUGAUCGACGAGAACCAGAAACAGUAUGUGGAGCAGCAAACGGAUCUAGGGGUCAAACUGAUCCAGCAGCAGAAGUGGGUGGAGGCGUUUGAGGUGUUCGACAGCCUGCUGAACGGCGACGUGGAGCCGUACCCGUCCUUCUUCCAGAACACCACCGGCUGCACCAACUACUUCAACUACAUGACCUGCCUGGAGCCAGAAGACCAGGAGUACUUCUCUCUGCUGGUGACGCUGCCGGCGGUGCGAGCGGCCAUCCACGUGGGCAACCUGACCUUCCACGACGGCUCCCAGGUGGAGAAGCACCUGCUGCAGGACGUGAUGAAGAGCAUCAAGCCCUGGCUGGGCGAGCUGAUGGACCACUACAGGGUUCUGAUCUACAGCGGCCAGCUGGACGUGAUCGUGGCAGCUCCGCUGACUGAGAGGUUCCUGCCCACUGUCAACUGGACCGGUGCAGAGGAGUACAAGACGGCGCCACGCUUCCACUGGAAGGUUCAGCCCAGCGACUCCGAGGUGGCCGGUUACGUCAGACAGGUCCGGGAGUUCUACCAGGUCAUCAUCCGAGGGGGUGGGCACAUUUUACCCUAUGACCAACCAGCAAGGUCCUUCGACAUGAUUGACAGGUUCCUCUCCACACAGAGUUUUAGGUGAAAACACGUCCUUGGUUGACAGCACUGAUGUUUGGUUGUUCUGAGUGUAAUAGAAACAAUGCAGCCUGAUUGAAAAUAUCUUUUGUCUUUCAUUUUAAAAUCCAAUAAAACAUUUAUAUGAAAGGUUUGGGGAAUAUUUC